GAAACCGUCGUGCGACCGGCGUACGGUGCCACCACCAAGUACGAACUGCGACGAGGCACCGGCCAUCGACGCAUCACGCUCUUCCACUUCCCUUUCCCUCCCUCGCGGCCCUCCCCCCCUCGCCGAUCUAACGGGGAACGCGGAGAGGCUUCCCCGCGACUCCACAGCGCCGCUGCUCCCCGCCGCGCCCGCGUAGCGCGCCGCCAUGGCCUCCUCGUCCUCCGCCAGGUACGCGAAGCACCGCCGGAUCGGGGAGGACGAAGAGGCGGAGGAGGACGAGGAGGAGGCCGAAGAGGAGCUUGAGCGGUUUGAUGAUUUCACUAUUGCUUCAUCAUGGGAAAGGUUUAUAUCUGAGAUAGAGGCUAUUUGUCGUCAAUGGCUUGCUGAUGGCCCGAAGAUAUUAAUGCAAAAAGGUGCAGAGAGUGUUCCUCCCUUUGAAAACUUAUACAUGAUCAAACGAGAACUGAAACAUGGGAAAAGGGUGUAUUCUAUGGAGUAUCAUUUCAUGAAGUCUGCAAAAGGCAAAAACUCAUACUGGGAUGAUGAUACACAUAGCAUGCAGCUCUCGUUCGGAGUUGAUGAGUUUUUGAUGAUUGCUCCACUGAGUGCCAGCGGUGUGGUUCUUGAUGACCCAGAAUCAACUAAGCUUUUGAGUUCUGUAGCAAUUGCUCUUUCUAAUUGUGGCAGCAAUUGGCCAGCAUUUGUACCCGUUCAUGAUCCUUCACGAAAAGCAUAUAUAGGAAUUCAGAGCCUGGGAACAGUGUUUACUCGAAGAUUUGAAGCUGACCGAAUUGGUAGCCAAGUGCCAAUAAGACUCAUGCAUCUGGAGGGGUUACAUGAGCUAUUUCUAUCAAAAUUUGUCCUAUCCUCGUCAGAUUUUCCAGCCAGGGUAAAGGUUCACUUCUCAAUGAAGCUUACCUACAGGACUCCUGAAUAUGAUUAUGAUAACGAGACUUUAGAUUCUGAAGCUACUGAGUCGUUAACUGAAAAUGAAGUUGCAAGCCACCCCAAAAAACAAUGGGACGAUGAUUGCCCUUGGGCAGAGUGGUACUCUGCUGAGGAUCCUGUGAAAGGUUUUGAGCUGACUGCCAUUUGGGGAGAGAGGACAUUUGAAGAAACCCUUGAGAUGGCUGAAGUGGAAAAUGCUUCGUCCUUUGAUGCUGAUAGCUGGUUUCUUCACCCAGUUGUAUCUCAAUACAUGGUAGAUGAUUCUAUUGGAAAAUUUGUUGGGUUUGCAUCCCAGCUACAUCUUCUAGUGAAUGCGUAUGAAUCAUCAGCGGAGGCGCAGUUUUUGGAAGACUUUGUUGCAGAUACUUCAGGCCAGGACAAUUCAAAAUCUACUACUGUGCCUCCACCAUCUGUUAUUGAUCGUGUUAUGAAAGAUCUUUUCAGUGAUGAGGCUGGAAACUCAAACUAUAUGGAAGCAGAAAACAAGUAUACCCGUGCUAUGAGAGGCGCACCUGCAGAUUCACUUUUUGGCCAGUUCUGUUUGCAUGCACUUUGGUUUGGCAACUGCAAUAUACGUGCAAUUGCUGUAUUGUGGAUUGACUUUGUACGUGAAAUUCGUUGGUGCUGGGAAGAAUCGGAAAGAUUGCCUAGGAUGAAAAGCAGUUCGACCAUUGAUCUCUCCUCUUGUCUUAUCCACCAAAAGUUACAAAUGCUUGCGAUAUGCAUUGAGAGAAAGAAUUCACUGAACCGUGAGAAAGGUGCUGGCCACAAAGAUGAAACUUCAACUACUACGGCCAUCACCAAAACUCGGAAAGGAUCAGCUGGUGUUGUGCCUAAAAUGAUGCUCCUGAAUACAUUUCAGGAAAUGCAUGCUCCAUAUACUCAGGAUGCACCUUUGAUGACCGAAGAUAUGCAUGAAGAAAGGCUUCACGCAGCUGAAGCUUUUGGCAAUGCCAUUGGUCUAUCUGGUCAACUGGAAAGGGAUAUAUUAUCUUCUGAUAUGUCUGCUUUUAAAGCUGCAAACCCAGACGCCGUCUUUGAAGAUUUUAUUCGGUGGCAUUCACCUGGUGACUGGGUGAGUGAUUACAAAGCAGAUGGUAGUUCAGGCUGGCCUCCUAAAGGAAAGCUUUCUCAGCGUAUGUCUGAACAUGGGAAUGUGUGGCGCAAAAUCUGGAAUGAUGCUCCACCAUUGCCUGUAUCCGAACAGAAGUCGCUGCUUGAUCCUGUUCGGGAAGGAGAAAAGGUGCUUCAUUACCUUGAAACUUUGAGGCCACAGCAGCUCCUUGAGCAAAUGGUGUGCACUGCCUUCAAAUCAUCAGCUGAUAUCCUGAACAAGACCACAUAUGGUGGCUUCAAGUUAAUGAAGACUAAAAUGGAUCAGCUAUAUGCCACAAUGGCGUCAACACUGAAAUCUCUUCAAGGAAAUUCUGACAUCAGUGAUUUGGCUGGAGACCUGAAACGGCUUUGUCAAGUUUUUGAGCACAUCGAGAAGUUGCUGAUUCUUGCUGCUUCCGUCUAUAGGAAGCUUAUAGAUGCUCCACGACUGGCGCAAGCCGUUUUUGCUGACUAUUUCAACUACUAUCUUCCGAAAAUGGGAACUACUUUGGAAAGCAUUUGCUAUGAGAAGGAGUUCACCACUAAGGAAAAGGUGGGGAUGCAUGAGAGAGAUGCUGUAUCAAACCUGUUUCCUCCCCCUACUGCUAAUCAGUCAUGGAGGAAGGUUUUGAGCAUGGGAAAUCUUUUGAAUGGCCACGAACCACUGCAAAGGGAAAUCAUAUUCUCGGUCCAGGAGAGAAUAAGCAACGGUCACUAUUCGAGCCCAACCCCAUUAUGUACUGAUGAUGAGCAGAUCCAGACACAUAGGAUGUAUAUAUCUGGGACAUCUAAUGAUCUUUGGGUUGCAUUGUCUGUGACAUCCUGGGAUUGAGCUGCGCAUCUGUACAGGAGAAUCGUUUGAAUCGACAGUUGGUGCAGAUCUACCAGUGGACAAUAGCUGGCGGGGGCACAGUUUUGAUAGCAAAUAAAAGUAUCAAAUCCUCGCCCACGAAAAAUAUUACCAGGAUCUGCGUGACUGACGUGCUGUGGCCAAGUUUCCUGAGAGCUGUAGGCCUGUAUCUUCGUGCCGUGAGCUGAGUGAAAUCUCUGAUUUGGCUUUGCUAUAGGGCAUUGUUUGGAAUGGACUUUUGGAAGUCGCAAUUUAGAUAUAUGCGGCGGGGCGAGGUGUACCACAUUGGUUGUCUUGUUUCAGUUGUAUACGAGUGAUACGGAGGUAGUUGUACUUGGAACACAGUUUCUUUUUGUAACAUACUCGAAACACAUUGAUUGACCGUUUCUUUGUGUGAUGUGAUGUGGUGCAUGAUUUA